AUGUUCUUCUUCUUCUUCUUCCUACUUCAAGUUGUUCUUUUUCUUUUUCUUCAUUCUUCUUGUUCUUCUUGUUCUUCUUUCUUCUUCAUGUUCUUCUUCUUCUUCUUUCUUCAUGUUCUUCUUCUUCUUUCUUCAUGUUCUUUCUUCUUCAUAUUCUUCUUUCUUCGUGUUCUUCUUCUUCAUUCUUCAUGGUCUUCUUCUUCUUUUUUUCCUUCUUCAUGUUCUUCUUCUUUCUUCUUCUUCUUCUUUAUUUUUUUUUUUUUUUUUCUUCUUUUUCUUUUCUUCCUUUUUUAUUCAUGGUUUUCUUUUUUUUUUUUUUCUUUUUUCAUGGUCUUCUUCUUCUUCUUUCUUCAUGUUCUUCCUCGUCUUUUUCUUCAUUCUUCUUGUUCUUGUUCUUUCUCUUUCUUCUUCAUGUUCUUCUUUUUCUUCUUUUCAAAAUAUUCUUCUAAUUUUUCUUCUUUCUUCAUAUUCUUCAUCUUCUUCUUUUUCUUUCUUCUUCAUAUUCUUCUUCUUCUUCCUUCUUCGUGGUCUUCUUCUUUUUCUUCAUUCUUUUUGUUCUUCUUUUUCUUCCUUCUUUAUGGUCUUUUUCUUCUUUUUCUUCCUUCUUCAUGUUCUUCUUCUUUUUCUUCAUUCUUCUUGUUCUACUUCUUCUUUCUUCAUGUUUUUCUUUUUCUCUUUCUUCAUGUUCCUCUCUUUCUUUUUCUUCCUUCUUCAUGGUCUUCUUCUUCUUCCUUUUUCAUAUUCUUCUUCUUUUUCUUCAUUCUUCUUGUUCUUCUUCUUUUUCUUCAUUCUUCAUGUUCUUCUUCUUCUUUUUCGUCAUUCUUCUUCUUCUUCUUCGCCACCUCUUCUUCUUCCGUCGGAGCUAUAAUAUGUAGCAGAAUUGAGAAAUUUCCUAAAAACAAAACAAUAAACCUUCUUUCACUCUCCCUCUCACUGUCUCUUCCCCUCUCUCCCUCUCUCUCUCCCCCUCUCUCUCUCUCUCUCGAUCUAUCUCUUUUAAGUAUUCCGUCUGACUUUUGA